AUCCUCCCGAAUCUUCGACGUAUUCGUUUAGCCGUUACUUGCUUUUUUUGGAAUCAUGAAAUCAUUCACAACUACUCUGUUCGUUUGCACCAUCGCCUUGUUGGCAGGCCCCGCAUGUGCCUGGGUCAUCCCCAAGCAAUUGCGCCACGCGGCAGCCGCCGCGGCGAUCGCCGGUGCCGUCGCGACAACUCCGUUGGUCGCUGACGCCGUGAGCUUUUCCGACAAAUACUCCGGCUUCUACAACGACCCCAAACAUCCGGGCUGCGAACGCCUCAUUACGGCAAGCGGCGCUUCGGCCUCCAUUUCCCUCAGAGACGGCACGCCUGGUUGCAAUAAAGGCGAAAAGACCAAGAAGUAUAAAGUGGUCGGUGAGAUAGCCGGUGACAAAAUUACCGUGGACUUCUCUGGCAAAGGCGGUCCUAGGAAUAUCGAGGGAUCUUGGACCGGGGAUGGCAUCCAGUGGGCAGAUGGGAAUAAGUGGAGCAAGCUCUAAAUAAGGUACCCACCAUCACAUGCCAAAUCAUCCUGACACGUUCCAUGAAGUAGGACAAUCACGUUUACACAUCCCGACGGCAGAUCACAACAACCCUAAGCUACAGCAAAGUAACAAUACUUGAAUACACAUUUUCAGU